AUGAAUAGUACCGCUGCCGCAAUAAAUCCAAAUCCAAAUGUUAUACCGUUCGAUGAUACGUAUAUUCUUUAUGAUCCACAUGACUUUCUAUCAUUCCUAAGUGCAUAUUUCUCGCUGAUGCCCAUCCUAGUGCUAUCUUUUUAUUUGUCGUGGUUCAUCAUCACGAGAGAGUUAGAAGCCUGCAUCGUGGCCUUCGGCCAGCUGAUGAACGAAAUAUUUAAUAAUGUGAUCAAGAACAUAAUAAAACAACCACGCCCAGUAUCGUUCGGUGCGUCGUUCCAAAAUGAUACUAUGAGAUCUGGUUAUGGAAUGCCCAGCGCACAUUCCCAAUUCAUGGGGUUCUGUUUUACCUAUAACUCCUUAAAAAUAUACACUUCAUGGAGAAAUCUAAACUUAUGGGAAAAAUACAUUUUUUCUGGCGCAUUAGCUUUAUUGUCGUUCUGCGUUUGCUUUUCCAGAGUUUACUUGCACUACCACAAUUUAGAUCAAGUAAUCGUGGGAUUCAGCGUAGGAGCACUGACUGGAUCACUUUAUUUUGUUAUGGUUGGCAUCAUAAGAGAGUUGGGCUUAGUCAAUUGGUUUCUGAAACUACGCAUUAUCAGGUUAUUUUACAUGACAGAUUCAUAUAAUCUGGCACCUUUGACAUUGAAAGAGAACUACGAAGCGUAUUGGAAAAGAAUAAAUCAGCAACCUCUCAAUGAUAAAGCCAAAAAAGAGUAG